AUGCCGGACGGCGUCACGCCCGCCGAGCGUCACGCCCGCGCGGGCGUGCGCGCGAGACGAUGGUCCUCGCGAAAGCGAAAACGCGCCGCGGCGGCCGCGGUCGAGUUCCGGCUCGUGUCGUACAACCUCCUCGCGCGACAGUACACGACACAGCUCGGUCGAGCGCUGUAUCGCGUCGGUCCGCAUCGCCUGGAGUGGUCUAGCAGAGCGAAGACGCUGCGAUGCGAGCUCGAGAUGCUGAGCGGUGACGUCGUGUGCGCGCAAGAGUACGAGGAGAAGGCGUGGAGAGGGAACGAGGCGCUUUUGGGCGACGAGUACGCUCGAGCGGCGCUGUGCGAGCGUAGCGGAGAAGCGCGAGGGGAGAAGCGAGCGGAGAAGCGGGAGGGGUGCGCGAUAUUCAUCCGUCGCGGUGCGUUCACGUGUGAAACGACAGAGAAGUUGAAGUUUGAUGAUUACGGGUUGGGCGAUAACGCCGCAUGCGUGGUGACGUUGCGACAUCGCGCUCGAGACGGUUUUCGGUUGGUCGUCGCAAACGCCCACUUGCUGUUCAACCCAAAGCGCGGCGACGCGAAGGUUGGACAGGUGCGCGUGCUGCUCGCGACUGUGGCGAGGAUACGCCAAGACAUCGUCGAUCGCGGGCUGAUGGCGCAUUGCGUGAUAUGCGGCGAUUUUAAUUUUUCUCCAAAUUCUGCGCUCUACCAUUUCUUCUCAAACGGAAGGCUUGAUUUGAGCGAGGUGAAUAGGCGCGAGCUUUCGGGUACUCUCGUGGAUGUUUUAGACGAUAGAAACGUAGGUGAUGACCAAGUCACUCAAAGUGCGUCUCAAAGUGCGACGCAAAAGCGGGGAACCGACGUAGAGCAAGUAAAAAAUUUGAUGCGCCUGACUCCGGGCGGAUUUACGGUGCAUCAUGCGUUCGAAGCCGAACUUUCAAGCGCGUACGUCGCUGUCGCCGGCGGUGAGCCAGCGUUUACGACGUGCCACAACAAGUUUUGUGGAACGAAUGAUUACAUCUGGUACACAUCGAAUCUCGAACCGACGCGUGUUCUACAGAGUCCGAGUUUAGAUGACGUUCUGCGGUAUGGAAAACUACCGAGCGUUCGAUACGCGAGCGAUCACGUGAGCAUCGGCGCCGACUUUCGAAUCGGAUAG